UUGGGGAAGGGGGGAAGAUAUUAGUUCGUGGUGCCGGUGUGCGAAGUUUAGCCGUACGACGGAUAGGUAUCGGCGAUGAGCUAUUAGUAUUAGCGUCUCUCUGAGGGUCUCAGAACUGUUGUCGACGGUGUACAAGUCCGAGUGGUAAUUAGGACGCCUCGAAGGCGAACCCGACGCCGACGGAGGUUCAGCAACGGCAGCGGGCAGGCGGGCCUAUUCAGUACGUUGCGUCAGUUACUCAGACGAUACCCGUACAGACGGGCAGUGAAGUAGGUAGGUAGUGUGCUCGCGCCGGCCGAAUAAGUAGCACGUACUUAUUGAGAGAGAGCGUUAUGACGGAAACGCGUGCUGUGUCGACGCUAAGGUUCCUCCUGCCCUGCCGGCACCGGAGCCGACCUGGCGUACCUAGUGACAGACAGUGACAGUGAGCACCAGUGCUACACUAUGUCCCAGUCAUGGUGAAGACGCUGUUACUGGGACUGCUAGCUGUUACAAUUUGUGGUUUCGUGUACGCCGCACCCGCCGCCGACCCCCAUACCAAAUCGGAACUGCCCCAGCACCCGGAGCCGACCGCCCCUGAACCUGAACCUGCCGCACCGCCGCUGGAGGACCCCGCGGCCCGCAGCGAACGUAGUACCAACCUGUCGCACGUCACUGGUACCGCUCGAAAGAUACAAAUGUUCAUCAAGAAUCGACAUCUACAGAUACUUCCGGACGGGACCGUCAAUGGCACCACGGACGACACCAGUGCUUUCACGAUUUUGCAAAGGACAACUAUUGGUAUUGGCCAGAUGAAAAUCCAGGGAGUAGCUACCUGUCAAUAUUUAUGCAUGGAUAGCUGUGGAUUGCUUUACGGAUCGAGAGACUUUGGAGACGAGUGCGUCUUCAACGAGACCAUUGAGCAGACCAACUACAACACGUACUCUUCCACGAAAUAUUCAAACGAGAAAAGAACAUUCUACCUGGCCCUAAACCGACGCGGACAGCCGAGAAAGGUAGUAGUGCGGGCCCGCAAUCAGUUAGGAAGGUUAUCAUCGUACACGCGCGUACUGACCCGCAACGUGGCCCCCGAACUCCAGCUGCACCCCAUGAGACACCACGGUCACGUGUGUCCCAGCCCCGUAUCCCACCAAAGCCAAAAAGCCCACCUCGAGUCCCCGCGAUGCCGAAAGAAGAAGAAGCGCAAGAAGAAGAAACGAAAGUGCCCGGAUGACGAACUCGACCACGAUUUGUGCCAAAAGAGACAAAGUGUUGCGAACAAACACAAGGUGCAAAACCGAAAUUCACAUAAGUGUGACAAUGAAAAAGACAGUGACUUGUGCCAAAGAGACGUGAAUAACAAAAAGAAACUUAGGUUGGACGUUAGUGACAAACACUUAGUGAGUGUACCGAAGAAGAAGAAGAAGAACAGGAAGGGCGUCAGGAAAAGACUGGAAGAGCGUACAUUGAGUCAAGAGACGACGACUACGACUCUGGCGCCGACUUCAACAACUCCCCCGGAGGAUCUAGCGCCAGACGAAGACUACGGAGUAGACUCGUCCACUCAUUCUGAUUGGGAGGAUUCCACUGCUCUCCCCGACGUCUCGAUGGCUGUUGCUGAUGCUAAACUUGCGGCUCCCCAUAUAGACUCUGACUGACUCUUAUCCCCCUCCUUUUAUUUAUUCUACUAUUUAUUGUAUGUAAUUGUACAUAAGUAUCUGAAAGUCAAUAUACCUCACCAUUGACAAAGACUUUUCUUCUCACUCACACAAACUCUCACCCAAAAUUGGCAAUAUUUUCCUAAUAAAGACGUUAUAUAUAAGUAAAAAUCAUUGUUAGUCAACGAGGCAUAUUUAUAAACGCGGGCUAGGUCACAGACUGAAAUUGUAUUUCCAAUUUGUAAAACAAAGGGAGGGGGCUAACACGUCUCUCUGGUCACAUUAGAAUUGUUCCUCCAGAAAUAUAAACUAGCACAACAUCCGUAGGGUUAGAUUUAUGUAAUAAAGAUUAAUGUUUGCUGAUAAUUUUUUGGUGACCUAGUUCUUGACAUUAUCAAAUAUCUUAAUUCUCUUUGUGGUGCCGUAGAGGAUUGUAUUUUCGAGCAGCAUGGUGCGCCUCACUCUAGUACUAUUGAUGUAGCCUAACUUUUGUAGUUGUUAUGCUGACUCCAUGUAGCAAUGUUAGUAAUAUAGAUUAGGAAAAAUUAUACUGACUGACUUUUGAUACAUUUUUUUUUUAAAUAUUUAUUGCAUGGUUUUACAAUUUUAUAUUAUCGUUUUCUAUAAAUAACGUCCUUAUUAAGAAAAAAUACUACUGAAUGUUUGACACUCGACACUUUUUUUAGUGUCUUCACUGUUGAUUUUUUUUUAAACUGGAAACUACUUACUUAUUUUAUAGAAAUAUAAAAUACGUUAAGUGUAGUGCUGUAUGUUUUUGCAUAAUUUUCUGGAACUUUUCUCUGUGUCGAAUAUGCUCAGUGUGUUGUUUUGUAUUUGUAUAAAAAAAUGUUCUUUCUUGGGUGAGGAUUUUCUGGGUGAUUUUUCACUACUUAACGAAUCUCAGCCAUGUUCAUACAGUGCUCCCAUUAUAUUAGCUGUGAAACUUUUGGAUAAUUUACUGUUUAUAGAAAAAUCUUUUGAACUGUUUGUAUUUAUAUAGUGAUAGUUAAAUUAUGUAACAUUAUCCAAAAGCAUAAAGAAUACUAGUGCUAGAAUUGUUUUUUUGUUUUGUACACAAAUGUCACUCUAGUUUUAUAAGCAUGAAAGAGACAAUUAAUUAUUAUAUCUUGACUAUAACGUUGUAUAUAACGAUUAUUAAAAUGUAUAAAAUAUUUACCAAUUAUCAGUCAGUAUUAUAUUUCAACAGAAUUCUUAUAGGUAGAUCAAUGUAAGAAUUUAAAAUAAUAAAAAUAAAA